GUGGCUCUGGACUCCGGGACUCCUGUGUUCUUUGUGCUGCGCUGUGACCCGUUGUUGGGAGCUGUGGGGAGAGCGGGGCGAGCUCGGAAUCCGCCAUGGAUGCAGUGACCUAUGAGGAUGUGCAUGUGAAUUUCACUCACGAAGAGUGGGCUUUGCUGGAUCCUUCCCAGAAGAGUCUCUACAAAGAUGUCAUGGUGGAAACCUACUGGAACCUCAUUUCUAUAGGUUACAAAUGGGACGACCACAAUAUUGAAGAAGAUUAUCAAAGUUCUAGAAGACAUGGAAGGCAUAUCAACUGCCACUCUGGAUACAAGCCAUAUGAGCAUCAGGGAUAUGGAAAGAAGCAAUAUACCUCUUUUCCUCCUGGAACAGUUAGAAGAUAUGCUGUAGUCCCUGCUGCAAGAAGACAUGAUGGCUGUGAUACAAGUUUACACUCUCACAUUGCAGAAAACCCUUAUGAGAACAAGGAAUAUGGAAAUCCAUCUGUCUGUAUUGGUUCACUUUGCUCAUGCAGUGUGACUCACAGUGUAUGUUAUACAUACAAUCAGUGUUAUAAAACCCUGAGUUCUUCCAAUUUUUUUCAAAGAUAUGAAAAAGCUUAUUUUGGAAAAGGAAGUGAAAAAUGUGAGCUUCGUACUAAGGACUUUAGCCAUCACAGGUAUCUUCAGAUACACAAAACAACCGAUAAUGAAGAGAAUCUCAAUGAAUGUGAUCAACAUGAUAAACCCAUUCAAUAUGAUUCUACUUUACAAGUACACCAAAGAACCCAUUUGGAAGAAAAACCCUACAAAUAUAAUCAAAGUGAUAAUGUCUCUGCAUGUCAUAGUUUUCAUCAAGCACAUAGAACUCAUUCUAGAGAGAAAAGGUAUGAAUAUGAGCAAUGCAGUAAAGCCUUUGCAAGUCCCAGUUAUCUUCAAAUAUAUAAAACUAUUUAUACUGGAGAGAAACCCUAUGAAUGUAAUCAAUGUGGUAAAACCUUUGUACAGAAGAGUAAUCUUCACAGGCAUGAAAAAAGUCACACUGGAGAGAAACGCUAUGAAUGUAAUCAGUGUGGUAAAGCCUUUGCACACAAGUAUAAGCUUCUUAUUCAUGAAAGAAUUCAUACUGGAGAGAAACCUUAUGAAUGUAAUCAAUGUGGUAAAGCCUUUGUAGAGAAGUGUAAUCUUCGUAGUCAUGAAAGAAGUCACACUGGAGAGAAACCCUUUGAAUGUAGUCAGUGUCACAAAGCCUUUGCACAGAAGAGUUCUCUUCGCAGUCAUGAAAGAGUUCAUUCUGGAGAGAAACCCUAUGAAUGUAAUCAAUGUAGUAAAGCCUUUGCUCAGAAGAGUAAUCUUCUCAUUCAUGAAAGAAUUCAUACUGGAGAGAAACCCUAUGAAUGUAAUCAAUGUGGUAAAGCCUUUGCUCAGAAGAGUAAUCUUCUUAGUCAUGAAAGAAGUCAUACUGGAGAGAAACUCUAUGAAUAUAAUCAAAAUGCUAACUCCUUUACACAGAAGAAUAAUCUUCUCAUGCAUGAAAGAAGUCAUACAGGAGAAAAACCCUAUGAAUGUAAUCUAUGUGGUAAAGUCUUUGCAAGGAAGAGUCAUCUUCUUAGUCAUGAAAGAACUCAUACUGGGGAAAAACCCUAUGUAUGUAGUCAAUGUGGUAAAGCCUUUGGACAUAACAGUCAUCUUCACAGUCAUGAAAGAAUUCAUACUGGAGAGAAACCCUUUGAAUGUAAGCAGUGUGAUAAAGCAUUUGCACGUAAAAGUCAUCUUCAUAGGCAUGAAAGAUGUCAUACUAGAGAGAAAUCCUAUGGAUAUAAUCAAUGUGGUAGAGACUUUGCACUUAAUAGUCAUCUUCAAAUAGAAGAAAACUCAUACUGGAGGCAAAUCCUAUGAAUGUAAUCAAUAUGGUAAAGUCUUUGCAUGUUGCAGUAUCCUUCAAAAUCAUAAAAAUAAUCACACUGGUGGAAAUCUCCAUCAAUUUAAUAAAUGAGGUCAAGCCUUGCUGUCCACAAAUGAAAAAGCCUACAUUUUUAUCUCAAUGGUGCUUCAGUAAUAUUAGUAGAGCCACUCCAUAGUUAAAAUAUUCUUUUUCAAGUUGUAAACAUUUGUAUUCCAAGAAUAUAGAAACAUGAUAAUUUGAAUAAUAAAAUAUAUUUCCAAUUGAAAGUGAUAUUUAUACUGUCAUUCCAUUAUUUUUGGGUCAUGGUACUUGGUUCUGAGGUUAAAUACUUCUUAUAUUUUCAGAAACACAAAUGAAUGGCAGAGAAUUUUAUCAGUAAGAAAAUGUGAUUGCCGCUAAGCCUGAUGACCUAAUAUUGAGUUCCAGAAUGGUACUACUUUACAGAGGGAUCCUUUCUCAAAAUAUCCAAAAAAGGGAUCUGGAAAGAUGGUUGGAUUUCCUCAGGACCUGAGUUCAAUCCCAAGCACCAACAUAGAAGCUCAAAACUCUGGAAGUAUAGUUCUAGGGGAUCCAUCACACAUGCAGGUAUACACACAGGCAAAACACCUUUUCAUGUAAAAGAAAAAUAAUCAUUUUUAAAUGUAUGCAUCACAUUGUGGAACUUUUCGUUGCAUAAUUUGGGCUCAUUUCCAAUCAUCUAAAUCAUUUUCUGGGAUCAUUCACAUUAAGAGAAUUAUGUUAACAACUAAAAUAAGCAAUGUGCAGAGUCUAUUCACAAAGGGAUUAAAUUCAUUCAAUUCAUCACAGAACAAGUAGCAGGGACUUUCCUCACCUCCAAAUGAUGAGGAUGGAAUAAAGGAGAGUAUUCAUUUUCUGUAUAAUGAUAUCUUUUGGAGCUGCAUAAUUGACUCAGUAGCAUUGCAUCUGUAGGGCAUUCAAGUUUGGUUCCUAGCACCCACGUGAGGUGGCUCAGAAGUAUCUGUAAAUUCUGGUCCAGGUGUGAU